AUGGCAACUGGGGAAUCGCAAGUAGUAUGCUAUUAUAGCUAAAUUAAAAUCUAAAGGGAUUAUAAGCUCUAUCUGUGCAAUUUAAUAAUUAAAUAUAAUUCAUGAAUCUCCAAAGCAAGCUUCGCCACGAAGCCGUUCAAGAUCUCGCUCUCCUCCAAAAACAGUAGAAGAGCCAAAUAUUAUGAUGGAUGUUGAAGUUGAAGAGAAAAAAGACUUACUCCCUCCGCGAGAGCAAAAAUUUUUUAUAAAAAAAAAAUAUAAACGAUAAUAUUGUAAGGAAAUCUCUAGCAAAUUCUAUUUAGACUUAAAUAUUUUGUAUCCUUCAACAUAAGUUUUAUAAGUUAGCAAAACAUUUACUUCGAAUUUUUUAUAAAUUUCGAAAACAAUUUCUUUCUAAUUAGAAAUAUUAACUUCUUAAUCGAGAUAAAAAAUUCUGCUCGCUCACAGAGGGAGUUAGGAACUGUUCAAGAAAACACCCAAGAUGUUGCUGAAGAACAAGAAGCUCACCCCACUGAAGUUUCCCCUCCAGAACCCCAAGAAACUAUCCAAGAACAGCCUGUUCCUCAAGCUGAACCAACCAUUACUGCCCAAGAAGAAGAAAAACCGGAGCCAAUUCAACCAUCAGAAAUUGCAGAAGAGCAACCAAAGCCUGAGCUUGACGAAAAACCUCACAGCCCAGUAAAUCCAACUGAUACCCACGAGCACAAAGAGCCUGCCGAACUCCACCCUUCUCCUAAAAAAGAGGCAAAAGAAGAGAAAAAAGCUGAGGCAAAAGCAACUCCCCGCAAAGGAAAAAAGGAAGAAAUCAAGCACGAAGAACCUCAAUUGCCAGCUACAAAGGCUCAUAAAGAAGAAGCCAAGUCUCCAAGUCGCAUUUCCACGAGGGCGCAUAAAGAAGAAACCCAAUCCCCAACUCCCGCCAAAACUCAUAAAGAGGAGCCAGCAUCCCAUGGGAAGAAAAAAGAAGAGCCAGAAGAGAGUAAUCCUCCCCUUCGUGAGCUAAUAAAAAAUUUUUAUUUGCUCAAUAAGGGGUGUUAAUUUUUUUAAAAAUUUAUAUAUAAGUUUUAUGGUAAUUUUUUUUUCUAAUUUAAAAAUAAUCCAAUUUCAAAUAAUUUUAAAGCAAAUAUUAAAUUAAUAAUGUAAAUUUAUGUUUUAAAGUGGGAGCUGCUUAAAAUCAAGCAGAAUCGAAAUUUUACUUAUAUAUCAAAAUAUUUUUUACAAAUGUAUUUUAUAUUAAAAAAUUUUUUGUUCGUUUGAAAGGGGCUUUAGGGAUUUUCCAAUGGUUUUGUUCGUUAACGGAGAGGAAUUAAGGAAAAUUUCACUGGGCCUGAUGGAACCAAGUGGAAAGUGGACAAAAUAAACCCUAGAGACGAUGAAUUGACGACGGUAACUUGCUUAUUGUGCGAUAGGACUGUUAAGAAGAAGUCUAUCAAGACUCAUGUGGGAACGAAAUUGCAUAAGAAGAAUAAAGAAUAG